AUGCUGAGCGAUGACAGCCUUUUUAUGGGGAAGGACCCUCGUGGAUCGGGGGCUGACCCUAGGGCCGCUGCGUAUUAUUCAGCUGUACCCCCACCUUCCCCUCCUCGGCAAACUGGUCAGUAUCUUGUCCGUUUUACUGGCAUGGCAGUUGGGAUUUCAAGUCUCUUUGCUGAAAAGUUGCUGUCCCAUCCCUGCAUUGUGCUGCGUAGACAAUGUCAGGUCCACUAUAAUGCUAAAUCCUAUCACUUGACUCCAUUCACCCUAUUUCAAAUUAUUAUGAAUCUUCAACAAAAGCAGGGAUUUGCUGCCUUAUGGAAAGGAGUUGGUAGUACAUUUGUAGUCAAAGGAUUGCUACUUGGCACUGAAACGAUCAUUGAUGAGACAACAUGGCUCCCAAAAGAAAUAUCGGCCCAUAGUUCACUAAAAAAGUAUCUUGAACACCUUCUCUUGAAAAGCAUUUCUUUUGCAAUUAAUACACCUUUUUUUGCUGCUGUUCUCAUCGAAACUGUGCAGAGUGACAUUGGUGGUGAGAAACCAGGCUUGUUCGACUGUGUGAAAGAAGGUGUUACUAGAGUUAUGGGUAUUGGAAUGCCUCAGACCACACGCCUGCUUCCUAUCUACAAACUAAUGCUACCCACAGCAACGUAUUGGCUACUUGAUUAUGUAAUAACCUCCAUUGCUCAGUAUACAGUUAUGUCUGCAGUUCAUUCAGAACAACAAGACCAGGAAAUGUCUGGAGUGAAUAUGCAACAAACGUGUUUUCCUGAGCUUUUGGCUCAGUACACAGGCGGUCUCCUCUCAAAUGUAUUAUUGUUUCCUAUGGAGACCGUACUCCACCGUCUCUACUUACAAGGCACACGAGCAUUCUUUUUGUUCAACACUUUCACUCGUGAUAUGAAUUCAGUUCGUAAGUCAACACCCACUACAAUGCCUUCAGAAGAUUUUGAUCCAUUCCAGCCGCGUUAUAAGUGA